GCCACACCCAAAAUGGCACCCGGGAGCGGCCGCACCAGCGCAACACGCGCGAUGGGCGCUGGGCGGGAGUUGAUAGGCGGCCGCCUCACGUGAGAAGCUGAAAAGGGAAGAGCCGGCGCUGUGCGGGACGGGGCUGCAGUGCUGGAAGGAGUUCUUCCACCAUGAGGAUGCAAUACCUGCUCCCCACUCUGCUGUAUCUCUCACUUGUGCUGCUGGGGCCUGGUGAUGGAGUCAUUGUAUUGUCUGUCCCUGAAGUGGUUUCAUUAGAAAGUGGAAGUUCAACAAAUGUCACUAUCUCUCUGAGGGCUCCAUUAAAUGAGACACUGGUGAUAACUCUUAAUAUUACGUACUCAUCAAAGCACAGCACUAUUGUUGAACUGCCUGAUGAAGUACAAUUGCCUGCAGGUCACACUAAAGCAGACUUCCAAGUGAAAGCAGAUGAUGUUGGACAAGUAACAGUUUAUCUGUAUACCAUUAAUUCCAAUUUAACUGGACCUAGGAUUCAAUUUCAAGUGAUACAUAGCAUCAUAGUGAGAUAUGCUGAUGAGGUGAUUGGCUGGAUCUAUUUCCUUGCCUGGUCCAUCUCCUUUUAUCCUCAACUCUUUGAGAAUUGGCGACGAAAAAGUGUUGUUGGACUGAGCUUUGACUAUAUAGCAUUAAACCUUACUGGCUUUAUAGCAUACAGUGUGUUUAAUGUUGGACUCUUCUGGAUUCCCUUGAUUAAGGAGGAAUUCUUAGUCAGUUAUCCCAGUGGGGUGAACCCUGUGGCUAUCAAUGAUGUUUUCUUCAGUCUCCAUGCAGUAGCUCUAACUCUCCUCACCAUAAUUCAGUGCUGCAUCUAUGAGAGAGCGGGUCAGAAAGUAUCCAAAGUUGUUGUUGGAUUACUGGCACUUGCAUGGAUCUUCACAUUUACAACACUGUUUCUUGCUGCAGCUGAGGAAAUGACAUGGCUACAGUUCUUAUUCUGCUUCUCUUACAUUAAGCUAGCAGUCACACUGAUAAAGUAUUUUCCACAGGCAUACAUGAAUUUCCGUCGGAAGAGUACUGAGGGAUGGAGUAUUGGAAAUGUAUUACUAGACUUCACUGGUGGAAGCUUCAGCCUUCUCCAGAUGUUUCUGCAAUCAUACAACAAUGAUCAGUGGAAGUUAAUCUUUGGAGAUCCAACCAAGUUUGGCCUGGGUGUCUUCUCCAUCAUCUUUGAUAUUGUUUUUAUGGUCCAGCACUACUGCCUUUAUAGGAGACGAGGGUAUGAACCUUGUGAAUAACAUCACUUGUGAAGAAAAAAAAAAAAAAAACUUUAAAUUGAACUUGCCUGUACCCUGGCUGAGGGUUUUCAAGAUGCCUACUGCCAGUUACCAGAAAUACUGAUUCUGAUCUCUAUUUAUACUUGGAUCCUCUCUGGUAUGGAAUACAAGCUGUUGCCUUGCCAAAUACUGAUUGCCAGAUGCCUUAAAGGACAGCAAGCUAUCUAGCCAUCGCUUGCAAAUGGAAGAUUCAUGGCUGUUGAAGCUGCGAAGACAACUUAAUGUGAGCUGUCCAAGCAACAUGUGGCUCUUCUAAUCAGAAAGACAUUGUUCUGGUCUUUCUCAUUCCUGUUAUUAAUGGAAGAAAUGAAGAACAAACAGCAGAGUUCUGGAUUCCAAAAAUGUGAGAUCAUGUUUAAAAACCUAAGAUCAUGUUUAAGCAACCACUUAAUAUCUUAAUGUAAUGACCGAAGACUGUCUGUGGAUCUAAGUGCUGCUGCUGACUCCUCAUAAAGAUCACAGUAGAACACCACUCAGGUUGGCUGUUAACAGCUGUAGUGGUACAUAAAAGAAUAAUAAGGUUGGUGGCAAAUACACAAAUAUUAGAACCUGAAUGCUUUAUUAAAAAAGUACUGAGAAGCAGCAGGAACUUGUAUUCUUAUUUCUCUGAAAGUUCUUUUAAAGAUUUUAAGACAAGUGCUCAGAUUUAUCAGAAUACUUCUAGUGCACUAACUUCAUUUUGCACACUGCUGCUGACAUGCCUUGAAUCCUUGGUGGAUGGUAAAGAUGAAAGAUUUAUCAAA